UUCAUAUCUAGCUAUUAUAGAGCAGACUAAUAUUACACUAAACACAGGGGCACGGUCAGCCUCACUCUUUAUCUUGAGCCUUAAAGUUUACUCUCACUGAGCAUAAAUACAAUGACGAAAAAUGGACUUAGGGCUCUUUACGAAAGAAAGUAGCGAACGCAGGUUGUCCCCUCAGCCAUCCUCAAGGAGGAAACCAAAAUAGACGGCGCGGUGUUUGGGAUGGUCUUUCUUUCGCCUGCCAAAGAUAAACGGAACGACCUUUUUGGUUUGACAUUAUCACGAAAAAGAAUCUACACGCGUUAGUCGGACUUAUUUGGCUCACAAACUUGUUUUAAAUUGCUAACAGAGCGAGUAUGGGUGAGACAAAGGGCUCUACCCAUCGACGGCUAUUCUGGGGCACCGCAUAGCUCAUGAGUGUGUUGAGAACGACCCGCGCUCUGGACAAUAUCUUGUUUCACAUACCCUGGGACAAAUAUGGUGCGUCUUUUAAUUUAUUUUCCGACGCUUUGGACAUCCAGAGAACUGUCUGACAGUUGUAGGUGACACGGAGAAAUUUAUUUGAACGAUUUUGGGAUGAAUAAGUGGAGCGCGCAUCUCUCGCACGAGCGCAGGUGGACCUGAGGCGCUGUAGUAAACGAAAAGAAAACGCGUAAAACCCAGCGACAUAUUUUGUAAGUCACUUCUAUGGUUUUGCGGGGUUCGUUCUUCUCGCGUUCGUCCAUUUCCAACUGUGAAUAGGCAUGUGUGGAAUACAGCUACUCUUUUGAGGAGCCGCGCAUUAAUGGGAGGAUUUUUCUCUCGACUACUACACUUAAUCAGUUUACACAUCACUUUCACUCGAAAAGCCAUCGUCGCGUGGAUAUUCAUCGUAUUAUCGAUUCCCGUCGAGUGGAAGAAUGCCUGAGGACCUCUCCGCGGCCAAAGCCCUCUAUAUGGGCAUGGAGGUGGUGAUCGCCGUGUCAUCCGUGAUAGGAAACGUGAUGGUGGUUUGGGCGGUAAAAAUUAAUAGAUCUCUGAGAGAUACUACGUUUUGCUUCAUUGUUUCUCUGGCGCUGGCGGACAUUGCCGUAGGAGCGUUGGUCAUACCAUUGGCGAUAACUAUAAGUAUCGGACUCCAGACUCACUUUUACAGCUGUCUGCUGGUGGCGUGCACCGUGCUGGUUUUGACCCAAAGUUCUAUCCUCGCCUUGCUCGCUAUAGCCAUCGACCGAUACCUGAGAGUCAAGAUCCCAACCAGUUAUAAGCGAGUGGUCACUCCCAAACGAGCUGGAAUUGCAGUAUUCGUGUGUUGGACAGUGGCCUUCAUAGUCGGUUUGACUCCCAUGCUGGGCUGGAACAAUUUGCACAACCUGCAACGUACCAACGGCUCAAUCGGCCCUGACCUCAUUGUCACCUGCCAGUUUGAGAACGUCAUCAGCAUGGAGUACAUGGUCUACUUCAACUUCUUCGGCUGGGUGCUUCCCCCUCUGCUUUUCAUGCUCAUCAUUUACUCUGAAAUCUUCUACAUGAUUCACAAGCAGCUAAACAAGAAAGUGUCCAGCCACUCUGAACCAAACAAGUAUUACGACAAAGAACUGAAGCUGGCGAAGUCUCUGGCGCUAGUGCUUUUCUUGUUCGCCGUAAGCUGGCUUCCUCUCCACAUCAUGAACUGCAUCACACUCUUCUGUCCGGAGUGUGAGAAGCCCAUGUUCCUUAUUUUUAUUGCCAUUCUGCUCACGCAUGGCAAUUCGGCCGUCAACCCUAUUGUUUAUGCUUUCCGCAUCAAGAAAUUUCGUACUGCGUUCCAAAGGAUCUGGAAGCAGUAUUUCUGCUGCAAGGAGGCUCCUCCCCCCGAGAGUCAGCCGAGCGAGAGACUUGAUAACAACCACUACAUCGCCGCCGCCGUUGCCGUCGCCGAUCCUCCUGAACCUGCUCUGGAACAUAACGUCUGACUGACAACCUAGGAUUCUCUAAGGAGGUCGAAUGACUUCUGCUGGCUGGACGUCCAAAGCUGUCAUGUCUUGGUUUGUCUCUUUUGAAUGUAAAUCAGAGCUCACCACAGAUUCUUCUGGCUGAACUGUCCCUUUGUAGGAAUAAUGAGACAGCACUGCUUUAAAAAGCACCAAGUGAGUCAAAUCGUUUUGAAGAGGAAGGGGAAUCACAGGAAAUCUUGCUUAUGAAGCAGCCUUAAAGGAUGCUUUUAAAUCAAAUUAGUUUGACAGUACAUAUCAUACAAUUGAAUUAUAAAAACACACGUAUUUGAUCAAAUAAUGAAUCAAAUUUGAAUCAAAUUUGAGCAAUUAUAAAAAUAUACAUCAUAAUUUAUUUAAAAUGAUAACAUCUAAUCACUAGUUACUGGUUCAGUAUGAAUGUAUGCAGAACAGACGUCAGAGUGCCGUACACUCUCAGGUUCUUGGAUGUUCUGGUUGUUUUCUAAACCUUUGUGCACAAUGACAGGAAGAGGAUGCCAGAAACGGUGACAAGGAGGUGAACACAGGUUUUUUCUUGUCCUAUUAUGGAGUGUCUUAGCGCAGGUCUGUUAUUGUGAAGGACUAUUGUAAUGCAGGCAGCUGACAUUGGAUUUUACUCACAGAUGCAGUGAGAUUCUCUUGCCUUUUUAGAAAAUUGUGUGUGUGUAUGUGUAUGAUCGAGUGCAUGUCAUAAAACUGAAAAUGUUUGAGGAUUUGAAGAUAUACUGAAGUCCUAUUUAUCUAUUUCGGAGCGAAACUGUCAGUACCUAAGACUAAAUAUCCACUGUUUGAACAUAUUCAGGGGUAAUAAAUUAUCUAACCAAUAGUAUUUUACCUUUCAGUAUUAUAGCAGAAUUUAAAUACACUUUUUCCAGAAUCAUAAUAAUCAAUUUUAAAUCAAAAGUACGCUGUACUACUAGGAAAACAUACUGAACUGUAUUUUGACUUGUCUUAAAGGGACAGAGCAUCCAAAAACAAAAAAAUGUUGUUCUAAAUCCAUUUGGGUUUUUCCACUUGUAUAACACAGAAAGAGAUUUUAGAUGAAUAUUCACCCUUAUUUUUGGGUGAAGUAACCCCAUUAAAGGUAAAGUGUGUAAUGCUGGGGAUGAUAAAAUGUUUUCUUCUAUUCCUACUGUACAGUUUUAUGCAAAAGUUUGGAAACCCCUUGCAGAAUCUGUAAAAAUGUAAAUAAUUUUAAUAAAAAAAGAGAGAUCAUACAAAAUGCAUGUUAUUUUUUAUUUAGUACUGUCCUGAUUAUUAUUACAGUAACCCCCUUCAAAAGUUUGGGAACCCUUGGUUUUUUAAUACCUGGAUGAUCUACGAAUGUUCUUUUUUGUUUGUUUUUGUUUUUGUGAUGGUUGUUCAUGAGUCCCUUAUUUGUUCCGAACAGUCAAACUGAGCACUGUUCUUCAGAAAAAUCCUCCAGGUCCUGCAGAUUCUCCAGUUUUCCAGCAUCUUUUGCAUAUUUCCAUUAUUGACUGUAUGGAUUUAAGAUUCAUCUUUUCGCACUGAGGACAACUAAGGGACUCAAACACAACUAUUAAAAAAAAGGUUCAAACACUCACUGAUGCUCCAGAAGGAAACAUGAUGCAUUAAGAACCAGGGGGUGAAAACUUUUAAACAGGAUGAAGAUGUCCAAAUUUUUCUUAUUUCAUUGAAAUAUCUUUUUUUUUUGGAAGCAACAGAAGAUGUUUUGCAUGUUUCCCAGAAGACAAAUUAAGUACAAUUUACCUUGAUCUUCAAAUUCAAAAAGUUUUCACCCCCUGGCUCUUAAUGCAUCGUGUUUUCUUUCUGGAGCAUCAGUGAGUGUUUAGUUUGAGUUUGAGUCCCUUAGUUGUCCUCAGUGUGAAAAGGUGGAUCUCAAAAUCAAACACUCACUGCUGGAAAGGGUUCAAAUAUGCAAAAGAUGUGGGAAAAAAUGAAGUAUCUGCAGGACCUGGAGGAUUUUUCUGAAGAACAGUGCUCAGUUUAACUAUUCAGAACACACAAGGGACUCAUGAACAACCAUCACAAAACAAACAAACAAACAAACAGUCGUAGAUCAUCCAGGUAACCACAGUAUUAAGAACCAAGGGUUCCCAAACUUUUGAAGGGGGUUAUUUUAAUAACUUCAGCAAUUUUUUUGUCUUGUGGACUAUAUGCAAACAUCUUUUAUGUAAAAUAUCUUACUCAGGACUGUACUAAAUAAAAAAUAACAUGCAUUUUGUAUGAUCUCUCUAAAUUUGUUAAAAUUAUUCACAUUUUCACAGACAAAAGGGUUCUCAAACACUCGUAUAAAACUGUAAGUUCCUGAACAGUUUGAACACUGUGGUUCUAAGGCGCUAUCAAAACAUUGCUCUGUUUGUUUGAGCAUCCUGACCAGCUUGACACCGACAUCCUGACCGUGAGUUUGAGCCGCCAAUUGCACAUAUGGGAGUGUUUGGAAAUUAUUUUUGCAAUUCCGUUUGGACGCUCUAGUGGCGCACGAAUUACACACUUCACUUGUCACACUAGUGUGGGGUUUUUGAUCUCACAUGCGGUUGAAAUACCAGGUCUAUACUGACAUCAAAGCUAAACAUGUAUCUAAUAUGUACAUAGUAAUGUUAUGCACUAUGUCCAAGUACAUUAUGUUCAUAAUUGUUAAACAGACGGUUGUGGAAUAACAAUCAUUUGUACAUGAAAUAUUUCAGUAAAUGGGAACAAUGGGCUAAUACAUUUUGCCAUCUUGUUUUUACUUCACUGCAGACAGACACACCACAAGUGAGUGGUACUGCAUUGCCUUGAUAUAGAGGUGGGAGCUUCCUGUCUCUGAACCCCAUGCAGUUCUCCGUGUGAUUCAAAACAGGAAAUAUCACUUUACUAUCAAUGGAAAUAGCUCAUCAUUCAUCAUCAUCAUUCAUCAUCUUUACUGUCAGCAUUUUGUCUUACUCUAGCUGU